GUUCAACAUGGCCGCUCGCAAAACACACUUUUUGUCCACAGUCGAAGAAACGCCUACAAAUGAUUAGUAUCGUAUCUUGGAUAGAAAGAAAUUACGAUAGAAAUUAGUGAAAUUUUACCCAGUAUCGCAUUUAACAAUGGCUGGUAGCGAGAAAGUUUUGGAAGGAUUUAUCUGUCCAAUAUGCAUGACAGAGUUUAAAGCUCCUAACCAGCUAACCAAGCAUUUCGAGGAUUGUCAUAACGAUGAUCCAGAGAUCUUGAAAUCACUCAAAGAUCUUUUUGGAAAAGCUAAAAAGAAGAUCCUGAAACAAGACGAAGUACCAGAAACGUUCUCGGGCCCCGUAACGAAAAAUAGGCAACGUUACCCAGAACUUAAUUGGGGACCUCAAGAAAUAGGUGCAACAAAAUCGUAUACAGCUUACUUUAAAGAAAUAAGGAAUGCAAGACUGGAACGAUAUUCUUUAGAAACUAAUAAACUUCUGAUAAGAUUAGAUAAAUUAUUAAACAAUUUACCAACUGAUCCUGUCGAUAGGAAAGCACAUGAACGGACUAUUGUACCAUGGAUAGAUGAAAAAGAUGUAAAAUUAUGUCCUACUUGCGCCAAGAGCUUUCAUGUUGCAAGAAGGAAACACCACUGUAGGCUUUGCGGAGCCGUUAUGUGUCACAAUUGUACAGUAUUUCUAUCUUUGCAAGAUGCGCGGAAAAUGACGAGUCCUGUAUCUGUGCAAGAUGAUUCCGCGGUAUCCCCUACUUCCGAACGACGAAUUUCAGAGCGCAUAGUACGCGCAGGUAUUGGUCUUACAAAAUUAGCCAGAUCACCGUCUAGCGGUAGUUUAAACAGCGUCUUAUCAUUGGUUAACGACUCGGCAGCUGGCGAACAACAUUUCAGAAUCUGUAUGCACUGUGCGAGUUUGCUUGACGCAAGAGAAAAACAAAAAGCAAAACAUUUCGAUAAGCCGAUCGUAUGCCAGUUCUAUGAGAAGAUGAAAGCAUACAUGAACGAAGCUUCGCAACACGUGCAAAUGUAUAAUAAAAUGUGGGAAUCUUUAAGCGAAGGGGAGUCUGUAUACAAUUUAGAAGAUGCCCAGACCUUGAGAGUUAAGAUCGCAAAGUUGGGCGAGAAUAUAGAUUUAAUUAGCAAAAGAAUUUCCGUACUGGGAACGAGAUGCGUAGAAAAUCCUCCGCAAGAACGAGAGCUUCAGUUGCAUCAGAUGGUUAGAGCGUCAGCUAUGAUAUUUCUGAAAGAAGAAUUGUUGAGCGUGCAAGCUUUGCCUACGGCGGAGAAGUACGCAGAGUUGCAAAGGGAACGUCAGAGACGAUUAGAUGCUAGAAUUGCAUACGAAAGACAACUAGAGGAAGAGCAAAGAGAGAAGUCGAAAGAACAACGUAGGAGAGAGACCUGGAAUACCGAGGGUCGACCUUCUGUAAAAGAAAAUCAGCCGGUAGUAGUGUUGAACCAAUCGCAAGGCUGGGGUCCUUCGAAUGUUGCUCCUAAAAUGCCUCCUUCAAUGGACCCUAUAAUCGAACAAAUGAGCAAUCUUCGAGCUUAUAUUAAACAAGCUAGAGAUGAUUGCAGAUACGAUGAAGUUGUCACUCUAGAGAGCAAUCUUAGAGAACUUCAAAGCCUCUACUUUACCAUGAAUCAAAGUAACAAUAGCGAUGGAUAGACGUACGGUACACAUGCAUUUCUUUGCACUGUAUUAUACUUCUUAUCGAAUUUAAUAAGACUUAUAAAUCCUAUUAAAUUGGAAGUUUCGCGUAUCGCUACAUCCAAUUUACGUAUUAUUGCACGAUGCGAUACAUGUUUCAAGGGUUCCUUUGCAUCGAUCGAUUUAAUUGUAUCGCAUCACCGAGAUGCUUCGCGAAACAGGUUUACUAUUGUAUAUAAAUGACGCUAAAGAAAGUAUAUCAUUUUUAAUAAUAAAGUUUAUAUUAGGUAUACAGAUAUCAAGAUAUAUUAAAAAAUAAAUUCUUACGAUACUCAUUUAUA